UCAAUUAACAAAGUAAAAAAUUUGAUUGAUAAAACAAGUGGUUACAUACCUACAUACAUGCAAAAAUACAUCGUAAUUUUUUUCUUUAUCGUAAAAACAAUAUACUGCGAGUAGAAUUCAAAACAAAUUAAAUAUGAUGAUGCUUUAUAAUUCUUUAUGGAAUACGGUAGCAAAUAUUUGUGGAGUUCAUAAUUGUGAAAUUUCUGUAAAGAAAGAAAUAGAUGAAAAAACUGAAAAACGAAAAAAAGAAAAGUGGAGUAUAAUUGAAGAAAGGAAGAAAGAAUUUGAAGAACUAAAAGACAAAAAUGAACAAGAGAACAGAGAACAACAAAAGAAAUAUUUUGAAAAAAAAGAACAAUUUAAUAGAGAAAUUUUAGACAGACGUGAAAAUAAAGAAAAGAAACAAAAAAAUUUAGAUCAGGCUUAUCUUACAAAAAAAAAGGAGUUGAGGUCCGCAAUCGAAUCAAAAAAAAAAGAAUUAACCGAAAGAAAAAAAUUCAAGGAGAUAGAAAUUCAAAAUCAACGACAAAUUCUAAUUGAAAGAAAAGCACAAAUUGAAAAUGAAUCCAAAAAAGAACUAAACCAAAUAAAAAAAGACUACGAGAUCAAGAAUAAAAUUUUAACAGAAGAACAAAGCAAACAAAAAGCAUUUUAUAAAACAGAAAGAGAAAAUCUAAACAAAAAACAAAAAGAAAUGGAAAACGAGAUCUUAGAAAAGGAAAUAGAGAUAAGGAAAAGAAACGAAAUAGAACGAAAUAGAAUAUUUAAAGAAAUAAGUAAUAAAAAACAGGAAUUAGAAAUUGAACAACAAAAUUUAAAUGCAGAACGAAAAUUAAUAGAAAGCAAAUUUGAAUUUGAAAAGAACGAUUUAGUUAAGAAAAAGGAAUUUCAAAUAGCAAUGGAAAGAGAACAUGAGAAUUUUGUUGUCAAAAAAGAAGUGUUGCAAAAUAGCUCUGGUGGUGGGAAUCAUAUGCCAAAUGUCACCUAUAAUAUAAAAUAUUUCUUAAAUAUAUUAGGUAAUGACGUUUCCUCUCAAUCAAGUGAUACAGAAGAAGAAACUCGUUUACGGACAAAAGUAUUGAAUUUACCAAAAAAUGAAAUAGAAGAAUUAACUGGUACAAUAUAUGAGAUUUUGGAUAUAUGUGGAAUAACUGACAAAGAUGAUCCUUUUGCAAAAACCCUUAUUAUAAAAAUAACAAAAAAAUUUUUUGAAAAAUUGGAAAAUAUUUAAAAUAAAUAACAAAAGUAAGUGUAAGCAUAGAAAUAAUUAAAUAGGAGAUUUUCGAUAAUAAAUCAAAUCAAUAAAUUUCGGCCCAUAAUAGAAAAAUGUCGGAUAUUGAAGAAUUGCUUUUUUUCUGAAUUUUUGGAGCUUUUUUAUAAUUAAUAUGUUUAAAAUAAAUUACAAAUCUCUAAAAGCAAAAUGUUCAGUUUUUACGGUUUUGUAAGUAUGUGUAUAAAAACUUUAAGGUUUAAUUAAGAACUUUCAUGACUGAAAUAUCGAAAAUGACUAUUAUGUUAUAUUUUUAAAUUAAAAUUGUUAAUAUUAAAACUUCUACUGUAAAAAAAUUUUAACUGGCACAAUUUCAAUGGGAUUUCAUGCUUAUAAACCUUCCUUGGUCGAUUUCUAUUUAACCGUGCUUUAUUAUAUUUUAUUAUAAUGUUAUU